GGUCCCUCCUUUGUCUCCUAACACUUAAUUAACCUUCCUUUCAUUAAUCCCACACCACAAUUCUCAUUCUUUUUAACUUUUUUUUUUUUUGUUCCUCUUUUCUUUUCUCUCUUUAUAUGCUCAAAUGUGUUUCUCUUCUCUUCCAUUAAAUCCAUGUAUUCUUGCUUCUGUCUUUGUCUCUCUCUCUCCCCCAUUUUAUGUGAUUCUUGAGGUUUGUUUGCCUUCCCUCUCAUUUUAAGUACCAAGAAAUCUUUACCUUAUAUAAAUUCUCACUCUCCUUACCUUUUCUUUACUUGUUUAAUUUCACCAAUCCAAACAUCUCUUUCAAGAACGCAUAUAUAUGUCUAUAACACCAUUCUCCUAGCUUUCUUUCUCUUCCACAAGCAUGUCAGCUGCUAUCGCCGCCGCCGCUGCCGCUGCUUCUAUGGGCAGCGGUUCAUCAUCAAGAAAUCAUGAGAACCACCACCAGCAGUUGCAACAAAUAACACUGUCGCCACCACUACCACCACCGUCAUCAUCAUCAUCACUGCCAUUGAGUCGUUAUGAGUCUCAAAAGAGAAGAGACUGGAAUACUUUUGGUCAAUACCUGAGAAACCACAGGCCACCACUGGCACUAUCCCGGUGCAGCGGUGCUCAUGUUCUUGAGUUCUUAAGGUAUCUUGAUCAGUUUGGAAAGACCAAAGUGCAUAAUCAGAAUUGUCCAUUCUUUGGCCACCCACAUCCUCCAGCUCCUUGUCCUUGCCCACUUAAGCAAGCGUGGGGUAGCCUGGACGCGCUUAUCGGUCGCCUUCGAGCUGCCUUCGAGGAGAACGGUGGGCUACCUGAGACAAACCCUUUUGGUGCACGCGCUGUAAGACUGUACCUUAGGGAAGUGAGAGAUGCACAGGCUAAGGCCAGAGGGAUAGCCUAUGAGAAAAAGAAGAGAAAGAAGCCACCACAAGAACAGCAGCAACAGAUAUUGCAAUCUUCAAAUGGUUACAGUAUUCAAAUUCAGCAAGAUGGUGGUGCAGGUGGUGGCCCAGGAGGAGGAGGUGGCGGUAAUGGUGUAAGUGGUGGUUAUACCAGAAGAAACAUGCCAGGUAGUAGGGUUAUGCUUAACAUGGGAGAUUUAUCUGUAUUGAACUGAAAGGGCUAUUGAUCAUGGGUUAGGGUUUUUUAUGUUCUGUAAUGUUGGAUCCUUCUCCUUUUCCUGUUCUCUUUUGGGUUUGUGUAUAUGGGCUAUUUAGAAGAGAAAUCAUGCAUGACUUUCUUUCUAUCAAAAUUUUCUCUCUGGUAGUCAUGAAUUAAAUUAAAUAACUAGCUAGCUAGAGUUUGUGUUCA